GAGGGGCAGCCCUGUCAGCCCUUUCUGUUCCUUUUUGUUCUUUAUCUCAGGCUCUCGUUCUUCAUCAGCCCCUUGGCUGUCCCUGCAUUUGGAACCCAGGGACUUGGCUCACUUGCCUUGUCUAGCAGUUCCUGGCGGGUGGCGGCUGUCAGGCCUUUCCGGGUGGUCCGCUUGUGAUCACAGAUACGGAAAGGUCGCUGGGGUGGUGGAGUGGAGGUCCAGACCUUACGGCCUAAGUCGGAGCUCAUGUUGGAUACUGACCUGGGAAUUUCUAGGGACAGUUUCUAGUUCCCAACCUGUGAAAGCUGCACUGGAGAUUUGCUCUGUACGUGCUGCCACCUACUGAAAAAGCCAUGAACUGCAACAUCAGGAAAAGGGAGUCCCAGCAGAGGAUGGGCGGGGCUUGGAGAAAAUAGCUGCAGUUGUGAUGAACAGUUGUGUGGAAGCUCAUACUCUCACUGUCAGUGAACAGCUCCCAUGAGCAUAAGUCUCUCUGCUUUCCUGCCGAGGAGCCUUGUCUGAAGCCAUGGCAGCUCAAGUCCCCUGACAAGUACAGGCUGCAAGUAUACAAGUGUAUAAGGGCAUUAAUGCCUCUAGGAUAAACCUCAAACAGUGGGGAAUGCAAGCUGGGCAUGAAUGCCUCCAUCUUCCGUCUUUCUAGAAGCAGCCAACCUGACGGGCCAGAACAGGAGCAGGCACCUCUCCCACUGCCACUUUGCCACUCAGCUCCCCCAGACCGCUUGAGGGCCCCCCACUCUUCUAGCUCCCUUCUGGACCCCGUGGGCGCAGAAGGAUGCCGCUCUGCUACCGUCCCCCGGGAAAUGAGACGCUGCUGAGCUGGAAGACCUCGCGGACCACAGGCACCGCCUUCCUGCUGCUAGCGGCGCUGCUGGGGCUGCCUGGCAAUGGCUUCGUGGUGUGGAGCUUGGCGGGCUGGCGGCCGGCAGGGGGGCGACCACUGGCGGCCACGCUCGUGCUGCACCUGGCACUGGCAGACGGCGCGGUGCUGCUGCUCACGCCGUUCUUCGUGGCCUUCCUUACCGGGCAGGCCUGGCCGCUGGGCCAGGCGGGCUGCAAGGCCGUGUACUACGUGUGCACGCUCAGCAUGUACGCCAGCGUGCUGCUCACCUCCCUGCUCAGCCUGCAGCGCUGCCUUGCCGUCACCCGCCCCUUCCUGGCACCCCGGCUGCGCAGCCCGGUCCUGGCCCGCCGCCUGCUGCUGGCCGUCUGGCUGGCCGCCCUGGUUCUCGCCAUCCCGGCCGCCGUCUACCGCCACCUCUGGGCGGACCGCGUGUGCCAGCUGUGCCACCCGUCGCCUGCCCACGCCGCCGCCCACCUGAGCCUGGAGACCCUGACCGCCUUCGUGCUGCCCUUCGGGCUGGUGCUCUGCUGCUACGGUGUGACGCUGGCGCGGCUGUGGGGCGCCCGCUGGGGCGCCGGACGGCACGGGGCACGGGUGGGCCGCCUGGUGGGCGCCAUCGUGCUGGCCUUUGGCUUGCUCUGGGCACCCUACCACGCCGUCAAUGUGCUGCAGGCUGUCGCCGCGCUGGCUCCACCCGGAGGCACCUUUGCGAAGCUCGGCGGGGCGGGCCAGGCGGCACGAGCAGGAACUACGGCCCUGGCCUUCUUCAGCUCCAGCGUCAACCCGUUGCUCUACCUCUUCACUGCUGGGGAUCUGCUGCCCAGGGCAGGUCCCCGCUUCCUCACGCGGCUCUUUGAAGGCUCCGGAGAGGCCCGAGGGGGCGGCCGCUCUCGGGAAGGGACUCUGGAGCUCCGAGCUACCCCUCGGCUCAAAGUGGUGGGGCAGGGUCAUGGCAAUGGAGACCCAGGGGGCGGGGCGGAGAAGGACAGUCAGGGAUGGGACCCUUGACGUCGACCCUACAACCGGACCUGCUCUUCCUAUCCCCUUGCAUCUGCCUCCUAGAACCCAGGGAACCACACUGGUGGGUUUGGGGUCCUUCUCCGACCACAGUUUGGGAUCUGUCUGGGCAGAAGUAUUAUAUAUCCGGGGCAGGCUCAGCUUCCUCCAAAUUGAGGCACUGCGAAUGGUGAUGGUCCAUGUAAAAGAAUGUCACGCACCUGCAGGCUGGCAUGUGCCCAGGUGCCAGGACUGCUUACUUGUUGCCAAAAGCUACUGUGAAAUACACUGGGUGGCCAUAAUGUGAUGGCUUAAGCAUGCUCCCCCUAGUGGUUCAUCAUACCUGAGUGAUACCUGAGUGAAGCCACCUCAUUCCCUGCUGGGUCAGGCCAGGGAUGGGCAAGGCCAGCCUUCAGUGGCAUCUUGACGUGUCCUCCCCAGCCCAGGUGGCCUGGUACCCCCAAGCUAACCCAUAUAACCACUCUGGAAAUAAAGGGAGAAAGAGGAAGGAAAGUUAA